CGCACCAGGCAAGGCCGAGGAAAACCGUGCAAAGCGAAAGUAAAAAGAGAGACGGGCUAUAUUUUUCCAAGGGAAUUCCUGUCGUUCUCCAGGAGUCUAUUUUCUCAAAUUGUAUAUUUUCUUGAAUGGUACACGAGGAGGCCAUGGUUGAAGAAGACAGAGGGUUGGAAUUGGUCAGGGUGAGAGAGAGAAAUAUAUGGUGAGGUGAAACAAUGGAGAGAGCAGAACAAGAGCUAGAGAAGAGGAGCAAAUUCCUGAACUCCCUCAUACAGAAGAAGAAGGCAGGGGAGCAGCGGCUGCGUAACGUCAGACUGCGCGCUUCUGACAUGCCCACCCACCUCCAGAACCGAGCUUUCAGGUGUGCCAGGGAAAUGCUCGAUUCAAUGGAGAAGCUCGACAGCAAAUGCUUAGCCCUCGCCAUUAAAAGGGAAUUUGAUUCAUCAUGUGGUCCUGCUUGGCACUGCAUUGUGGGCACCAGCUUUGGUUCAUAUGUUACACAUACCACGGGAGGUUUCUUGUAUUUCUCUAUAGAUAAGGUUUACAUUCUUCUAUUUAAGACUGCUGUCGAACCCUUGGAUCAUUAACAGUUUGGUGUUUCAAUGUAGUAUGCCUUCAAGUUGAAGCACUUUGAGAACAUCCACGUGUUCAUGUACCAGGUGAGUGAUGAGGGCUACUUUUCUGCGUCAUGAAUUAAUUCUCUGACAAGUUUGGGUUUGAAAGUUAUUGGAAACCUGGUUUUGAGUGUUUGGA